GUCCCCCUUCAAGGCCUAAGCAAAGCAAAUUGGUAGGGCUUUCGAGUGUCAGCCAUGGUGGUAUUGGCAGCUCUAUACUGUAUGACAUCUUCAGUUGUAGCCCACUAUACGAAGUCUUCCCCUUAUCCUUCGCAAUCGGGUUCAAUGGACACCGAAUUGUCAUUCACGAAACGUAAAGCCUUGCUGUGUUCUUCUUCUUUGAUGUUGUCAGGUCUUUCUUGGUUUAAGUCUAACUCUGCCUUGGCAUUACAAGUUGAUGAACUUCAGCAACAAGAAGAAAGAAUUGUUGAACUCUUCCAGGAAAUUUCACCUUCUGUUGUCUUCAUUAAAGACCUUGAAUUGACUAAAGUUCCCAAGAACUCUGCCCAGAUCGCUGCAUUAGAUGAUGAAAAUGCAAAAGUGGAAGGGACAGGUUCAGGCUUCAUUUGGGAUCAGUUUGGUCACAUUGUUACUAACUAUCAUGUUGUUGCCAAGUUAGCUACAGAUAGAAGUGGACUACAGCUCUGUAAGAUAUCACUGGUGGAUGCUAGAGGGAACAAUUUUUCCAGAGAAGGAAAGAUUGUUGGUUAUGAUCCAGAUUAUGAUCUUGCUGUUUUAAAGAUUAAUGUAGAAGGAGAUGAACUGAAACCAGUAACUCUCGGUACAUCCCAAGGCCUCCGUGUUGGUCAGAGCUGCCUUUCCAUUGGAAAUCCAUAUGGAUAUGCAAACACUUUAACAACAGGGGUCAUCAGUGGACUGGGCAGAGAGAUACCUUCACCAAAUGGAAGAGCCAUUAAAGGAGCUAUUCAAACUGAUGCCGCUAUUAGUGCUGGGAACUCAGGUGGGCCGUUAAUUGAUUACUACGGCCAUGUUAUAGGAGUCAAUACAGCCACAUUCACUCGCAAAGGCACAGGGAUGUCCUCUGGUGUCAACUUUGCUAUUCCAAUUGAUACUGUUUUACGUACUGUACCAUACUUGAUUGUGUAUGGUACACCGUAUGCUGACAGAUAUUAACCAUCUGUAUGGUUAUAGUCCUUUUAUUUGAUGUCAAUAAUUCUUGGCCUCGCAAACAUCUGAAGUUACUUCCAGGCAAGUGUUUUAGGUGUACAUAAAGUGCCACCACUGAAGCCCGUUUGACUUAUUUAGUAAUUAGUUGUAUUCAUUUACUUGAUUUUGUUCCUAACAUGGACAUCUAAAGGAAUCGUUUGUCUCCCUUGCUCCUAUGUUGGUGCCCUUCAGCCAGAUUGAAGGAAGUGAGAAAAGAGCUGUUUUUAAUUAAUAUGAGAAAAAGUGUGAAAGGUCCAUUGUUGUUUUCUCAACAGGCUGAUCUCUAGGAUGAGUUUCUUACCAGUUCAAGAAAUGACUCCUUUGCAGGCAUAUGUAGUUCCUGUUCAUUUGGACUGUACGAGACAUGGUAGUAACUAGUAAGUUUAAUCCCUGAGACUGAACUUAGACUAAUGAGCCUGCAUUUCUCGACUAAGUUGACAACAUUCUGUCAUCUAAUCAGAAUUCGCACUGUUUUUUGUUAUUA